AUGUCCGCAUCACCGUCCAACCCGGAUACUGAUGGUGCUCCCGGCAGUUUGGAGCUUCUGUCCAUCUGGAAUCAGAGCUCCCCUAGGGUCUACAUAUCCGUGAUCCUAUGCUUUCCACUAGACAAUGGUUUCGUGGAAGAUGCCGUGGAUCGCAUUGCAGCCUCGUUGCAACGUCUCGGUCGAGAGCGACCACUCUUUGCAUCUCGUCUGCAAGCUGCCAACACUACCCAGCCGGGCCAUGCACACCUGAUCCAAUCGCCAGAGUUCAGUAUUCCCUUUGAGGUCUUGUUAAAUCCACGUGAUAUACCUGGCGACUAUGAGCAAAUGAGACAGAAGGGAUUUCCUCCUGGGCUUUUUAUCAAGCCUCGAUUCAAUAUACCAGGGGUCAUUGGGACGGCCACAGAUCCGCUGCCGGUAUGUCGGGUGCAGGCCCUUGUCAUACCUGGCGGGUUGUUACUGGUUGUCUACCUGCAUCAUUCCCUGUGCGAUGGCGACUCGCUGCGCAUAUUUCUCGAGUGCCUUGCGGCGGAAACCCGAGGCGAUGCAAUCGAUCGACCAUCUGAACAGGCAUUCGAGGGCCCGCGAUCACGCCGAUUAACGAAUGGGAAUUUAUCUUCAUUGGUUUCCAGGUGCCCAGAGUAUACAAUACUGCCCAACUUCAACGGGCCGACACAGCCGAGGUUCUCUGAUUUCGGCACGCCCCUAGAUUCCAUCCCAAAGAUAGGCAAGAUCUUCGUUUUCAAGAAGAGCCGCAUUGCAGAACUUCAGACGAUUCUACAGGCACAUUUGAGAUGCAGGAAAACACCUUCAAAGUAUACCUGCCUGGCGGCUUUGUCCUUUGCGCACAUCAUCAAGGCUCGCCUACGUGCCGAAAAGUUUCUCCCCCUGACCGAGGAAAAAGGCUCGGCCAAGCUUUGGAAUUCGGUCAAUUGGCGCUCGCGAGCAUUCCAGCAUUUGACCGAGGACUACUUUGGCAAUGCUGCUCUGCCGGCUGUCACAAAGAUCACCAAGAAGCGACUCCUCCGUGCGUGUGAUGAUGUGUCGACGCUAGCGUCUCUGGUCCCGCUCAUCAGAGCUUCCAUCAAUGCUGUCGACGAGGCCUACGUCAAGCGCCGUCUGGCCAUGGUCUCUGCACUCCCAGAUCCACGCCUCAUUGGUGUCAACUACGAUCCGAGAAUGUCGCAUUGCUUGGCGUUCAACACCUGGCGGCAUUUUGGCGCCGACGCCGUCUGGGACAUACCCGGGGUGCCUGUCGAAAAGCCAGACGCUAUCAGGAGAGCACACGGCUCGUGGAACUUGGGCACUGCGCUCCUUUUACCUGCUCGCGCCAACUCGGACACCCAGGAGUUGUUUGUUAGUCUGUCGCAAGCUGCCAUGGAUCUCCUUUGUAAAGAUGAGGGGUGGCUGAGAUGGGUCGAUCGCAUCAUUGGAUAA